ACCAAGACCGAAGUGACAAAUGUCUCGUUGCUAGAGCGGAAAGCGUCACUGGUAGUCGAUGGCGGCGCGCGAGUCACAUGUCGAACAAGAGCAGUCUGGCGCUUGAGUGCAAGGAGGGGGAUGUCACUGAGGUGAGAUCUGCGCGUUUUGGCGUAAGGAAUGAGAGAUACGUCGACGUUGAUGUAGCGCUGGGGGCUUGCAGUCGGUCGUUGGAACCGAGGAAAUGGAUUAUGUUGGAAUGAUUGAGUAGAUUCAAUUUGAGUUUGGAGAAGACUAGGUAGGCGCGGAUCGAGAUUUAGCGCAAACACCACAUGACUUCAGAGCAGAAUGAGCAACUCAUCAUACGCCCUGCACAAAGUAUCUAGGUUCAUGGAAGUUUUCCCUAGGAAGAAUGUGGUUGCUUUCACCUACGGUUCUGGAGUCUUUCAGCAGGCCAAUCGACCCACUGCAGAGAAAAAUAUGGUUGAUGUGAUAAUUGCUGUUGACAAUGCCAAGCUGUGGCAUGAAGAUAAUGUGAGAAAAAAUCCAUCCCACUACUCUUUCCUGAAGUAUUUCGGGUCAUCAUUUAUUGAAACAGUUCAGCAUGCUUGGGGAGCAAAAGUGUACUUCAACACACUGGUCCGUUUUGAAGACAUGACAUUCAAGUAUGGUGUGGUGACACAUGAAGACUUGCUGAUGGAUCUCUUUGAUUGGGACACCCUCUAUCUCAGUGGACGACUGCACAAACCAGUCCACUUCCUCUAUCCUGUAAUGGAUCGGACUCUCACUCAAGCACUAAGGCUCAAUCUGGAGAGUGCUGCAAGAGCAGCUCUCAUCAAACUCCCUGCUGCUUUUUCUGAAAGGGAGUUCUACCAUAGCAUUGUUGGACUGUCCUAUGGAGGAGACUUCAGGAUGAUAGUGGGAGAAGACAAGAAUAAAGUCAGCAACAUAGUUGAUGGGCAAUUUGAGGACCUAAAGAACCUCUAUGAUCCAAUUGUGAAGCACUUCAAUGAAUGGAUGGAGAUCUCAAAAGGCCAAGGCUUCCAAGAUGUCAGCAGCUUAGCUAGACUUCACCACCUCAACCUUCUUCCCAAAACAGCUCAGUUGGAGUUGAUGAAGGAGAUCACUAAGGAUGGAAGGCAUCGAGACAUAGAGGAAGUCCUCCGAGCUGUGGCAGCCGAAGUUGACUGUGGAGAGGUUCUUGAUGCUGCACUUCAGCGCAUUGUGCAGAGGUCAAGCCUGACCCAAAGCCUCAAGGGGAUUCUCACUGCUGGUGCUUACAAGUCUAUGAUCUACUCUCAUCGUAAGAUGAAGAAGUGGUGGGCAAGUCGAAGGAAAAAAUAUGCUAAAACAGCUAUCUCCACCCAAGGCAAUAGUUGAUAGUCUUUAUUUGUUGCAUCCUUCAUUUUCAACCUCUAACAAUAAUAUAUAUAUAUAUUAUUCAA